AUGCAGGUCCUCCCUCGUCAGCUGUUCGUGACGUCAUCAACACAGCAAAGUGAAAAUGGCUGCCACCUUACGAUCCCUCACUCGUCUCGCCGGUGUGGCCCCAAUUGGCACAAGGUCGUGCUAUGCUGUGUCACGGCCAAACCUGGCAAUUAAUGAGCACACAAAAGUAAUCUGUCAGGGUUUCACGGGCAAACAGGGAACUUUCCACUCACGCCAAGCAAUUGAAUAUGGCACCCUCAUGGUGGGGGGUGUGUCACCAGGCAAAGGUGGCAAGAAACAUCUCAAUCUACCUGUGUUUAAUAGUGUUGCUGAGGCAAAGGCUAACACCGGUGCUGAUGCUUCUGUAAUCUACGUUCCCCCUCCUGGUGCUGCUAAGGCAAUUUUAGAAGCUGUGGAGGCAGAGAUUGGACUAAUUGUAUGCAUCACAGAAGGUAUUCCACAGCAGGACAUGGUCAAGGUUAAACAUGCUCUUCUCCGCCAAGAAAAGAGCCGCCUGAUUGGUCCCAACUGCCCAGGUAUCAUUGCUCCAGAGAAGUGUAAAAUUGGUAUCAUGCCAGGACACAUUCACAAAAAGGGUUGUAUUGGCAUUGUGUCACGGUCGGGAACCUUGACUUACGAAGCUGUACAUCAGACCACCCAAGUCGGCCUUGGCCAGACACUCUGUGUGGGCAUUGGUGGAGAUCCAUUCAAUGGUACAAACUUCGUUGACUGCCUUGAAACUUUCCUUCGGUGCCCUGACACCAAGGGAAUCAUUGUCAUUGGUGAAAUUGGAGGAGGUGCAGAGGAAGCAGCUGCCGAAUACCUAAAAACUCACAAUACUGGCGAUGGUGCCAAACCCGUUGUAUCAUUCAUUGCCGGCCUAACUGCUCCCCCUGGUCGUCGUAUGGGACACGCCGGUGCCAUUAUUUCUGGUGGCAAGGGUGGAGCUGAGGAUAAGAUUAAAGCACUUGAGAAUGCUGGUGUUAUUGUGUCCAGGAGUCCAGCACAGAUGGGUAGUAUGCUGCUGGAGGAGAUGAAGCGGAUGCAUUUAGUUGCAUAAGAUGCUGAGGAAGAAUGGACGUUCCAUAGCGUUUCUGGGUACAUUGCCUGGAUUUUCCAAAAAACAAACAAAUUCAAAGCUUCUGGAUGCCCUGUGGUCAAGCUCCACCUAUGACUUUGAUGUCUUCAAUAAUUUUGAUUACAUCAGGAGCUGUGGUUGAAUGGGACGCAUGCUUUCAUGUGACCAUUGGUUGUAGAGAUUUGGCUUGGAUUGGUUGUUUUGUGCUUAUUCAUCUGUAAAGUUGACUUGGAACAAUGGUGAGAACAAGCAGUAUAUCUGUGCGUACUUAUUUUCAUAUUUGACUUUAAUUUACAAAAGGAAACUGUCAUUCAUCUUUGGAUGUAUUUAAUGCAGUACAAUACAUUUAAGUGUAAAUUAUACAUUUUGGAUGUGUUGCAGUCAGAGAAGUUAUUUUUGAAUGCAGCUUUGUGAAACAUUUUUCUCCUGGGUACAGUACUAUUAAUUUAUAAUUUAAUAUAUUUGAUUUUACAAAAUGAACUAACCAGUGGUAAAUUAUCAUUGUUAAUUCCAAAUAUUGCUACCUAUGUUGAAAAUCAUGUAAAUAUGUUAAAGAUUUUUAUCGGGAACUGUACUUUAUUCUUUUAAAAAUAGUUAAGAAUAUAAAGUACAUGUUCAUAUAA